CACGCUGCUGACGGCUUCCGCGCUUUUUAACCGAGGCUGUGUUUGGCUUCCGAAUACUGCUGCAAAGAUCCACCGCCACCCUGCGCCAUGUGUCUCUGUCUCGUCUCCCCACGCUGCUGCUGGGGGGACUUUUUAACAUAGGCCUCUUGAUGGCCUUCAAUUUUAGCUGCUUACGCUCCGCCACUCUGCCAUGGGCCCCUGUACCGCCUCCUCAUGCUGCUGCCAGGCCCGUAAUCUGCCAUGGGCCCCCGUACCGACUCCUCAUGCUGCUGCCAGGCCCCCGUAAUCUGUCAUGGGCCCCUGUACCCCAGCCUCCUCAUGCUGCU